GAAGCAAAAAAAUAGAAAAUCGCUCCAAAAAGGAUUAAUUUUAAUAAAAUAAUCGUGAAUUUUUUUGAUAACUCAAAUGGGUAUUAUCUUUUACUCUGGCCGUUUCUGCAAACUACUUACUACUGUUUGGCCAAAUAUUUCAAUUUAUAAUGCGGUUAGGUGAUAAAAACAAAUCGAAUAAAUUAUGUGUCAUUUUUUUGCUUUUUAUAUUUAAAUUUUAACUCAUAUUUCAAAAUAUAUUAUUGACAUUAAAAGAAUUACAAGUUAUAAAUACUUUUCUUACUGUUUUUAAAUAUCUAAAUUUUAAUUUAAAAAUAUUUAAUUAGCUUAAUCUAAUUUAAUUUUAGAAAUUAGCUAACUUAUAAUUGAUCACUUCCAAUUUCAUUUCUUCCGUUCUUCGCCCAUUGCCUUCAUGGCUAAGUAGUACCAAUAAUAUUUGAGAUGUUUGGAUUUUCAUAUGGAGAGAUUUUUCUCUUGCUCGGUGCUACUGCUGCUCUUAUUGGACCUAAAGAUCUGCCAAUUAUAGCAAGAACAGCAGGCAGAUUUGCUGGGCGUGCAAUUGGUUAUGUUCAAUUAGCCCGUGGUCAGUUUGAAAAUGUCAUGGAGCAUUCUCAAGCUCGCCAGGUUCAUAAGGAACUGCAAGAUACCAUGGCUCAAUUGGAAGCCAUACGUCAUGAAAUUCGGACUAUCUCUUUUAUGAAUCCUGGUUCAUUGACAACGAGGCUUGUAGACAGCAUCAAUACAACAACUGCAAAUAGCACUGCUGAUAAUGGACCUCAAAAAUCUGAUAAAGAGAGCAUCAUUGUUGAAAAGGGACCUCAGAUAUCCGAGAAGGAGAGUACAGUGGCAACUGUCACAACUGAGGAUUAUAGUUCAAGGAAAGCUUUGACGACCGAUAUGCACAGCCAAGCCACUGCUUAUGCUAGAUUGGCUGAAACAACACCUUUGAAAUCCAUUUCUGUAGAUAAUGAAGGUUUGAGAGAGCUGACUGAUGAAUCUGGCAGUAUUAUUGUGCUCCCUGUUUCAGCAGAGAGUGCAGGGUUGUUGCCAAAACAUAAAGAUGAAGCAAAGGGGUCUGACAUUGUGUUAGAAGCGAUACUGGAGGCAGAAGUGGCAAAUAAUGCCAAAGAGUUUUUCUCGCAGUCACCAAACCAAUUAAAAAGUGAAUGAAGAGGUACAUUUUAAAGAAGAUUUGUGCCAUUAGAGGGCAGAGGUCAGCUUCAUGCCAAGGGAGUCUGAUGAAAGAUUGCUAAAGACGGAGUACUUGUAGCCCAGUUCAAGUCUCUUGUAGUGGUUUUUGCGCGAUGAUAGAUAUCAUGAGGCAUCUAAAGAACUUAAGAUCCGUGUUGCCACAAGACAAACUAACUAGUCAUAUUGUUUGAAAGCUGGCUUUCUGCAACCAGCUCUGCCUAUUUUUAAACCUUCUAAUCGACCUGGGCAACAUAUGCAGAUUCUGUAGUCUGAGAGUUCUUUCUUUCCCUUUCCAAUUUUCAUAAAAUAAAACGUGUGUUUAAUGGGGUCGUAUGAUUGCUACGUUUAUGAGAGUUACUCUUAUUUCAAGUUCACAUAUUUAUCACGUUAUGACCAAA